AGUGCCAUUUUGGCAUUCGGGUAGCACGCGUGCCACAUAGGUCGGCGGUCUCCAGGAACUUCUCGUCGGUGAGCGUAAUCAUGGCGACGGUCUCCUCGUCGCGACUAGACGAUCUCAUCGAGACCGUUAGCUUGCACAAUCCUCGAAGCUUGUUCUGCAGAGGGUACGUUCUGCCGUUCGCCGUUCUGCAGGUGGCCUGGAUUUACAACUGGAUCUUUGUGUAUGGGAUCGACCGGUAUUACGACGACGGUUUGGUGGGCAUCGCGGUUAUUGGGGUGCUCCAGAUUUUCAUCUGCCUCUGCUGCCAGUGGUCCGUCCACAUACACUGUUUCAUUAACUGCAGUUCGUGCAAUAAUCCGUACAAUGCGAAGCUUGCUAAGGUAGUACCUACGCCGAAUAAUGGUUCUUCGGAGCUGGUGACUUUGCAACACAUCAAUGAUCAGGAGCCUUGGUUCAUUUUUCAAAAGACAAAGUAUUCGUGGGAUCCCACGAAAAAACAAUUUCGGAGCUUGGAGUUUCCAGUAGAUCGUACCGUUCGACAGUACCGGGAUUGGAAAGGCUACCUUGAUGAAAAUGAAGUCGCAGCGGCAGAGUCUACAUAUGGGAAAAAUAAAUUGGAUAUGGUGGUGCCGGAAUUCUGGCAGCUUUUUAAGGAACGAGCCAUUGCUCCGUUCUUUGUUUUUCAAGUUUUCUGCGUGGCUCUGUGGUGUCUCGACAUGUAUUGGUAUUACAGUAUAUUCACGCUUGUUAUGCUUAUUAUGUUCGAGUGUACGUUUGUACAACAGCAACUUCGAUAUAUGGCAGAAAUUAGAAAAAUGGGAAAUAAACCCUACAUGAUAAUGGUAUACAGAUGCAGACGGUGGCGACUGAUACUCACCGAUCAACUAGUCCCAGGAGAUAUAGUCUCGAUAACAAGGUCUCAAAAUGAUAAUCUUGUACCCUGUGAUAUGCUCUUAUUAAGAGGUCCAUGUAUAGUAGAUGAGAGUAUGCUAACAGGUGAGUCCGUUCCCCAGUUGAAGGAACCUGUAGAAGAUCUUGAACCCGACAGGGAACUUAACAUUGAAGGAGAAGAUAAACUUCAUAUUUUAUUUGGAGGCACUAAAGUUUUGCAGCAUACCCCACCUGGCAAGAAUACUGCUGGUCACAGAGCAUCCGACAAUGGUUGCGUGGCGUACGUUCUACGUACAGGAUUUUCUACAUCGCAAGGAAAAUUGUUGAGAACGAUAUUGUUUGGAGUGAAACGCGUUACGGCGAAUAAUCUCGAGACGUUUGCUUUCAUCCUGUUUCUAUUAAUCUUUGCCAUUGCGGCGGCUACUUACGUUUGGAUUAAAGGAAGCGAAGAUCCAAAGAGGAACAAAUAUAAGUUGUUCUUGGAAUGCACUCUUAUUCUAACAUCCGUAGUUCCUCCAGAAUUGCCGAUUGAGUUGACAUUAGCUGUCAAUAGCUCGCUACUAGCGUUAUCAAAAUUAGGAGUGUAUUGUACCGAACCAUUUAGAAUACCAUUCGCUGGAAAAGUCGAAAUUUGUUGUUUCGAUAAAACGGGUACUUUGACAAGCGACGACUUGAUCGUGGAAGGUGUAGCUGGAAUUGAUGACAGUUCAGAGGUGGUACAACUUGCCGAUGCACCAUUAGAAACUUUGCAAGUAUUAGCAACUUGUCAUUCCCUUGCUCAACUUGACGACGGCAUUGUUGGAGAUCCACUUGAGAAAGCCACGUUAAAGGCUGUGAAUUGGAAUCUCACGAAAGGUGAUGCUGUGAUUCCUAAAAAAGGGAAAUGUCCAGUUCUUAAAACCAUCCAGAGGCAUCAUUUCUCCUCCGCAUUAAAACGAAUGUGCGUAGUGGCUGGUUACACGGUUUCUGGGACUUACGACGUUCAGUACAUUGUCACAGUGAAAGGAGCUCCAGAAGUAAUUAAAAAUAUGCUCGCCACCGUUCCUGAAAACUAUGAUGCAAUAUAUUUGUCUUUGUCCCGUCGUGGAGCUAGAGUCUUAGCACUGGGACAUCGUAAAUUGCCGGCUUCCCUGUCAUCUCAAGAUUUAAGAGAUCUAACUCGUGAAGAUCUGGAAAAGGAUCUAUCAUUUGUGGGGUUCGUCAUUAUAAGCUGUCCUCUUAAGCCUGACUCCAAAUCAGUGAUUAAAGAAAUCAUCAAUGCCUCGCACUCGGUAGUUAUGAUCACAGGUGAUAAUCCUCUCACUGCUUGUCACGUGAGCAGAGAAUUACAUUUUACGAGAAAACCUGUGACGCUGGUAUUGACAAUGCUGGAUGACACUUGGAUGUGGGAGAGUGUGGAUCAGACGAUACGGUUGCCAUUAAGUUCCGAGGUUUCGCACUCCAAAGUUAAAGAAAUAUGGAAAAAUUAUGCGCUGUGCUUAACUGGAGAGGGGCUGACUUAUCUCAAUGAGAAUAACAGGCAUCUUCUUCGUGUAUUGUUGCCACAUAUUGUCAUAUUUGCGAGAUGCGCUCCGAAGCAAAAAGAAUUUAUUGUCGUUACGCUACAAGACCUGGGAUAUACGACACUUAUGUGUGGAGAUGGCACAAAUGACGUAGGAGCCUUGAAACACGCUCAAGUCGGAGUGGCCAUUUUGUCUAGUUCCCCUGAAAAGAUGACGGUCACGAAGAAAGACACUACAUCCAAUAGUAGUGGUACAAGCAGUAGCGUAGGCAAUUCUUUGCCACCUAGCAAUGGCUCGCGAUUAAGUUCGAGGCCACAAGUUAAUAAUACGCAGUUGAGGAUACAGAAAAUGUUAAAAGAUCUGGAAGAACAGGAGCAGAUGAUUGUUAAAUUAGGGGAUGCCUCCAUAGCAGCUCCAUUUACUAGUAAAAUGUCGUCUAUCCAAUGCAUUUGUCACGUGAUAAAGCAAGGACGAUGCACGUUGGUUACGACUCUGCAGAUGUUUAAGAUACUGGCAUUAAAUGCGCUAAUACUUGCAUACAGUUACUCGGUGCUGUAUUUAGACAGGAUAAAAUACAGCGAUGCCCAGGCAACGCUGCAGGGCCUUUUAUUGGCCAGCUGUUUUCUGUUCAUAUCGCGUUCAAAACCCCUAAAAACUCUGUCCAAGCAAAGGCCGCUGCCAAAUAUAUUCAACGUAUACACAAUAUUGACUGUGUUAUUACAAUUCGCAGUGCACUUUAUUUGUCUGAUUUAUUUGGUGCGGGAAGCUGCUAUUAUAUCGCCUAGGGAGUCUAAAUUAGCAGCUAUCCUAGCCCCGUCUAAUCAAACAGAAUUAUCUUCUACGAAUUCCACUACAAGCCAGGACGAGGAUGAGGAUGCUUUCGAACCUAACUUAUUAAACAGCACGCUGUACAUUAUAUCGAUGACACUUCAAAUAUCUACCUUUGCUAUAAAUUACAGGGGCCACCCAUUUAUGGAAAGCUUAACCGAAAAUAAAGCUUUACUCUACGUUCUCCUGGGAAGUUUCGUUGGCAUUUUAGUACUAGUCUGUGGGCUCAUGCCAGAUGUAGCCGUUUUAUUCGAGAUUGUUGAAUUUCCAAGUGAUUUCCGAAGGACUCUAAUCAUGGUGCUGAUAGUGGACUUCGUUCUGGCAUAUGUUGUCGACAGAACGUGCAGGUGGUUAUUUGGCGAAGGGAAGCAUCGGAAGCUGUGAUCUAGCAUUUGUUAAGAGACACCGGACUUUAAUCUCUCAAGAGAGUAUACUCAAUAUUUCUGUACUCAGGUGCGUGUAGGUGAAUUUGUUCCAAGCAGGUGAAUCAUGCAAUGGAGUUUAUCGAUCAUGAUUCCAGAUUGAAUGGUAUCGAUCGUUUGCCCCAAACUUGCGAUUGCGACGUAUAAUGAUUUUGUUUUUAUCAAAGGCUUACUCGGCAUAUCUUUAUUGCGUCUAGGUGUGGUCUUUGAUAAGCGUUGCAAACUUGCCCCACGCUGAAAUCGUGUUAUCGUGCAAUGCGGUUUUUAGAUUCAAAUCUGUUAUCACUCGGCAGGGGAAUCAUUUCUACGGUCGGUGAUUUUUAGUUUGUAAAGUAUUCCAGAACUUGUAUGAAAAAAUUGUCGUUGCAAAUAGGUGUUAAAUGUAUGCAAUGUAUCAGUUGAUUAGCAUUUUAUUAACAAGACUUAUUUCAAUUUCACCAAUUUUUCCAAAUGUGUCUCGGCUCUGUACAGGCCUUCGGAAACUUUCAUCUGAGACAGGUGUAUGUUAAGUUGUUCAUUGAUGGGGUAACGAAUUUCUCACCUCUUUUUAUAACGUUUAGUAGGCAAUAUAUUUUGUAAAAUAUUUCGAGCUGAAAUGUACCGAGAAAAACGCGUUAAUCAUUUUCAGAGGCGAGGAUUGAUUUUGGAACGUUAAUAUUUAUAACGUAAGUAGAUUUUAAUUUGGUUGGGAGUUCAACCUAAGAGCACUCUUUCCCGCCUGUAAAAAUAGACGUAACGUUUGUACUUUAGUAUUUCAUCACUGCGAUAUCAUAUUUUAUAGCGAAAGUGAACCUGAAGUAAAAAUGCCUCACGCGCAUUCUGAAAUGUAAGAAAUACAAUCGAAUACUAAAGUAAAUAAGGUCAAAACAGUAUUUCUUUUAUAGUGGUUGUAGGAAUUGUGGUGUUACGGUGAAUAAUAGAAAUUAUUGAAGUAAGUAACUGCGUCUCUGAAAGAAGAUGCAGCAAAGUUCGAAGGUGGGAAAAGUAUAGAACCGCAGUCGCCAUAUUUUUGGUAAGGGCCCGAAUAAAAAUCUGUUCCGGAAACAGAUCACAACUUUUAAGACAUUCCAUUAUUUUCGUCUCGUUUGUAGGUGAAUAUUUGUGAUGAGGGAGAAGGAAGAGAUAGAGGAACAGUGAUAUGUCGUUUGCUCCGUUAAAAUAAGCAAGUGUUAAAAGAAACGUUCUUUUCACUACGGUAAAAUUAAUUUUUUUUUAGAGAAGUGUUCGUCGUGUCCAAAUUUUAAUGUAACUUUUCAGUGUCAUCUUAAUUUUCAUGUCCAUUUAAAUCAUGAAACACCUUCAUUCGGAUCAUUUGAUGUGCGGUCUAAUGACGAAUCAAAUUAUACUCUGAAGUUAUUUGUUUAGGUGUACGAAGCGAAUUACCUGAAAAAUAGGAUCCAAAGUUAGUAGAUUAUGUACCUUUGUAAAAAAAUUCUGAACAUUGUGAAACGUUAGUAAUUCGGUUCCGAAGGAGGGUAAUGGUUAUGCAUGGUAUUGGUAUUAAGGGUAGAUGAUUAUCAUUGUACCAUACGCGUUUACGAUAUCAAUAAUGAUCAAUAAACAUCAGUCCUUUGAGCGAAA